AUGCCAGUUGGUUUAAUCCCGGAAAUUGUAGACAAUAUUCUUCAAAACAUUGGAAACGAUGUUAGCGUUUUAAAAAAUGUAAUAUUGGUAAAUCGUUCUUGGUGUAAACUUGGUAUAAAAUAUUUAUGGAGAGCACCAUUUUCAUUAGAAGAACCUAUUGGAGAAAUUUUAAAACUUUUAUUAAAAAAAUCAAACAAAAUCACACAUUUAAUUAUUAAAACAGUUUCAUUUAAUGGAAAUACACCAAGAUUUUUUAAUAUUUUAAGUAAUUUAAAAGAUUAUCCUAAUUCAAUAGAAGCAAUUUCUAAUCUUAAAUCUUUUGAAUAUAAGGUUUUAGAUGUUAAUGAAUUAUUAUUGUUUAAAUUAUCUGAAUAUUGUCACAACAUUGAAAAAAUAUCCAUUAAUAAUUACACGUGGGAUUUAAAUCAAACAGGAAUAAAUCAAUUAAUCAAAAACACUCAAAGAUUAAUCAAAAAUCAACGUAAUUUAGAAAAUCUUAGUAUAUAUGGCAUAGAAAGUGACAUUUCACCUAUAAUAAGAGCACUUGAAUCUCAAUCACAUUCAUUGGUUGAAUUAACAUUAUCAGAGUUUAAACUAAUCGAUAUUUCAUCAUUAAGGUCACUUGCAAAAUGUACAAAUUUAGUUUCAUUAGAAAUUUCAUUUUAUUUAUACACAAAUAACAGUGAUUUUUUUAAAAAUUUCAUUAAAAACUUCACAAGUAUCAAGUUUCCUUUAUUGAAAUAUUUGAAAUUGAAUAUUUUUAAUUCAAUUCCAAUCGUAGAAGAUUUAGAAUUAUUUUUCAAAUUAAAUGGUUCCCAACUAGAAGAACUUAGAUUAACAAUUAAUUUCAAUGAUAAUCCAGGUAUUCUACAAAUAUUAAAUAAAUAUUGUAAUAACCUCAUAAGUUUAGAUAUUCCAAACUUAGAAAAAAAUUCAAUUAAAGACUUGAUAGAUUUCUUCAAUCAAUUAUCCAAAAACUUAAAGAAUCUUUCAAUUAUAAGUAUAGGUUAUGAUAUUAAUGACAAUAAUACUAUAAAUAAUUUCAAAGAGAUUAAUGAGAAAAUUAUCAACACAAAGAUGGUUAUCAAUUACACGAAAUGA